GCCCUUAUCACUGUUACCGCCAAUCAUCAUCAACCAUGACAUCUAUGACCAAGUUUAUCUGGAAGAAAGACGCAUCGGCAGGCGACAUCCCCGCCUACGUGCACUACGCCCCCGCCGUUGAGGACGACUCGAAGCCGCGUCCCAUCGUCCUUAACUUCCACGCAGGCGGAUUCAUGGCCGGAACUACUCACAUGACCUCACCCGUCGUCGUCGCCGCCCUCGUUGAGCUCGGCUUCAUCGUCGUGCUCCCGGAGUACCGACUCUGCCCCCAAGUCAGCCUCCGCGACGGCCCCGUACAGGAUGCUGCCGACUCGCUCGAUUGGGCACGCAACGAGCUGCCCCGUCUCCUCAAGGAGACCGCUGGUGUUGAGGCGGAUUCGACGAAGGUAUGCGCGAUGGGUCAUUCGGCGGGCGGAGGACUGGCGCUCUCGCUGGGCUCCCUCCCCAACCCACCCGUUGCCAUCGCCGACUUCUACGGCUCCAAGUACCUGCGCGACCCCUUCUGGUCCAAGCCCCUCCCCAUGUUCGCCGCCGUGCCCCCUCUCGACACCGCGUUCCUCAACAAGAUCUACGACGGCCCGCAGGCAAUAUCGUCCCCGCCCAUGUUCACGCCCGAAGGCAAGCCCGUGCUCGAUAACCCGCGCACGGCAACGUUGAUCAGCGCGCUGCGCGACGGGACGACGUACAACAUCAUCCAGCCGGAUGGUGAUCUCGAGUCCGCUGAUCCUGCCACGGGAUUCAAGGCGAAAGGCAAGGCGUUCCCGCCGACGGUGUUCUUGCACGGUACGGCGGACAUCUUCGCGCCUUUCUAUCUAGCGGAGAGGGCUGUUGAAGAGCUCAGCGCUCAAGGUGUGGAGGCUGUGCUGAUCAAGGCCGAUGGGCACGGGCACAUCCUUGAACGUGGGAUGCAGCGGCACGACGAAGGGUUUGAGAAGUAUGUGAUGCCGGCUUUGAAGUUUUUGAAAGAGAGGGUUUGAUAGUCUGUCUGACAAACCUAUGUAGUAUUGAACCUGUUAUGUUCCAAUAGUGUACACUCGAUCCAUACGAUGCCUAAAUGUCAUUAGAGCUAAACUAAAAUCUGCGCAAAAUUCGC